AUGAAGGAUGACGAUUCUCUUCCAACAUCGACGGCGAUGGGCAGCUUGUUGAAGAAGGACACCUCCGAUUCCUCUCACUUCGGGAAAGGCAGGUACAAGUUCUGGGCCUUAGCUGCCAUUCUUCUCUUGGCAUUGUGGUCCAUGUUCACCGGAACAGUCACCCUCCGCUGGUCCGCCGGCAACCUCAACCGUCUCUCCGACGACAUCGACACGCCUAUCCACGAUGAUCUCAACGUCCUUGUAAAAAUUCUCUCCAUUUUGGGUUAA